GCCCGCCCGCCCGGCUCCUCCGGCCUCCGCUGCUGCGCUGCGCUGCGCUGCCUGCGCUCAGGGCUCGGGAGGGGGCCGCGGAGGAGCCGCCCCCCGCGCCCGGCCCCCGCCCGCCGCGCCCGGGCCCGCGCCAUGGGGCUCUGGCUGCCGCCGCCCCCUGCGCCGCCGGGCUAGGGCGAUGCGGGCGCCCCCGGCGCGCGGCCCCCGCGGGCACCAUGAGCCCCCUGCUCCGCCGCCUGCUGCUCGCCGCGCUCCUGCAGCUGGCCCCCGCCCAGGCUUGGAGAUUCGACGUCGCCGCCGCCACCGGCAGAGUGCGCCUGGCGGGUCGUGGCCAGGGCAGGUCCCAGGUGGCCAGGAGAGGACAGGGCCCCGUUUCCCAGCCUGAUACCCCCGGCCACCAGAAGAAAGUGGUGUCAUGGAUAGACGUGUAUGCCCGUGCCACCUGCCAGCCACGGGAGGUGGUGGUGCCCCUGACCGUGGAGCUCAUGGGCACCGUGGCCAAGCAGCUGGUGCCCAGCUGUGUGACCGUGCAGCGCUGUGGUGGCUGCUGCCCUGACGACGGCCUGGAGUGCGUGCCCACAGGGCAGCACCAAGUCCGAAUGCAGAUACUCAUGAUCCGUUACCCGAGCAGUCAGCUGGGCGAGAUGUCCCUGGAAGAACACAGCCAGUGUGAAUGCAGACCAAAAAAGAGAGAGAGUGCUGUGAAGCCAGACAGGGCUUCCACUCCCCACCACCGUCCCCAGCCCCGCUCUGUUCCGGGCUGGGACUCUGCCCCCGGAGCACCCUCCCCAGCUGACAUCACCCAUCCCACUCCAGCCCCAGGCCCCUCUGCCCACGCUGCACCCAGCGCCGCCAGCGCCCUGACCCCCGGACCUGCCGCUGCCGCUGCCGACGCCGCAGCUUCCUCCGUUGCCAAGGGCGGGGCUUAGAGCUCAACCCAGACACCUGCAGGUGCCGGAAGCUGCGAAGGUGACACGUUGCCUUUCAGACUCAGCAGGGCCACUUGCCUCACAGGCCACAUCCCAGAGGAGGACAACAGGGCAACGUGUUGAGAAGUGCCCAGUCCCUAGACCUCAGUGUGGGCAGAAAGUGCUCCCGGACCUGGGCCUCUCAGAGGACUUUCCAGCUGUCCCUGGUCUCUCCCAAGGCCGCCCUCCAACAGGGUGGGCGGCCGGACGAGGAGACGUGUCGGCAGCACCAGGGGUCAUGGACUAACUCGGGAGAGAAGGGGUCCCGUCUCGAUUUUCAACCACCACGUGCAAGCGAGCGUCUUCACAGCUGGCUCCACUGUCCCCUCCCCGAGGCGCCAAUCCUCUGCAGAUACUGGGGACUUGGGCUGCGGUGUUAAGAACUGGGACCCCCCAACCCUGAUAAAAGAGAUGGAAGGA